AUGCCUCCAAGACUAAGAGGACGUGGCAAGGGACCCAUGCGUGGAGGACCGUCAACUGCUGGGCCAUCGCACAGACGCACUCCAUCGGCGUCUUUUUCCACCUCCGACUCCCGUGAUAUAUGGGGUCAACCUUUCGAGCCGGCAAGACACUCAGUCUCGCUUAGCUCUUCGCCAUCUUUUCAUCCGUCUUUCGGACCAUUUGCUCCAAAUGAGCCCGAACACUCUCACCAUUCGGACCAAUCUCACCAUUCGCAUGAAUCAUACCCACCGCAUAACUCUUUGCAAUCUCAUUCAUUUCAUCAUUCCGAAUCCCCCUACUCUCCAAGACAAUUCAAUCCAGCUGACUACGUUAACGACUUUCUCGGCUACAACCCGUUGGGCCCUGAGGACCAUUUCUCUCAGGAAAUGGAGAUGGAUGACGACCCCGACCCGGAGAUGCAAACAGGAACCCCGGGCCACCCUAUCAGCAUAUCUAGUGGCUCUCCGGCUCAACCACCUUUAGAUGAUCCUCAACUUCAAGCUGUCUCACCACCACCACUCCCGGUAGAGGAGCCACCGCAGCAGCCACCGCAACCACCUCCCGAGCCUCCGAGGCGAAGGAGGAACGCUCGCAUGUCCCUUAGAGGAGGACCCCGUUUUAGUUCUCCUCGCGGGUCGAGUUCCUAUCCCCCUAUUCCAGAGGACCCUCAAAUGGGUGGGCCCUCAAAUGCGGCACCGGAGGUUGAUCCUCCGCAAGCUUCUUAUGCACCACCUAUGCCGCCUGUGGGAUUUGAUAACCCAAUUCCAACAUACCCAGGUUCUUCCGGUAUCAUCACCUUUACCCUUCUUCUUACCCCCCCUAUGCCUCCAACUGACUACCCUAUUCAGGGUUAUCAGUAUCCUCCGUACCAGCCACCUCCUUCCCAGCAACUACAGCAGCAGCAACAAAACCAGGAAAUCUUGGAGAGGUUGGACAAGGUUGAGCAGAAGACCAAGAAGAACAAGGAGAGGCACAAUAGCUUCAUGAAGGGCCUUGCCAACCUUAUCAAGGGGAAAAAGAAAUAG